CAACAACCCGAUCGCCCACGCCAGCCCCUCCCCAACUCGAUCAAACCGCGCACGGAAAAACCCACCGAAAUUCCCCCAAAAUUCAGACUCCACCAGCAACCUCGAAUCCCGAUGCUCCCGGCCUCCAUCAGCUCCCUCCUCCUCGCCUCCAGCGCAUGAGCUUCCUCCGCGCGCUCGCGGACACCUUCUCCUCGCUGCUCGUUUCGUCGGGAGGCGGGGCGCCCAUGGACGCGGCGGGGGCGGCGCCGUCGCCAGCGUCGGUGGUGGGGGAGCGCGUGGCGGUGAAGCUCAGGGGCUACUUCGAGCUCGCCAAGGAGGAGAUCGACAAGGCCGUGCGCGCCGAGGAGUGGGGCCUCCCCGACGACGCCACCGCGCACUACCGCAACGCGCUGCGCGUCAUGCUCGAGGCCAAGGCCGCGCGGGUCCCCGACGCUGUCUCCUCCAGCGAGAGGGGGCAGGUCAGGGUGUACCAGGAGAAGAUCGCCAAGUGGCAGACGCAGGUCGAGGAGAGACUCAGAGUGCUUGGACAGAGAAGUGGUGAAGGAGCUGCUGCUUCAGUAGUGCCAAAGAAGGUUGUUGCUAGCAAUCCUAUUAAUAAUACAGCAAAACCAGCACCAAGGAGCAUCCAAAGGUCUACUUUGCAGAAUAGCCCUACCUUCAACAGAGGUGGACAAGCCUCUACACAUCAGAGGAUUAGCAGCGGAGGCUCCAAACCUGUUCGAAAGGCUGGUGCAAGCUGUGAUGACAAGCUUGUUGAAAUGAUUAAUACAACCAUUGUGGACAGAAGCCCUGCUGUUCACUGGGAUGAUGUUGCUGGUCUCGACAAGGCUAAGCAAGCACUCAUGGAAAUGGUUAUUUUGCCUACUAAACGAAGGGAUUUAUUCACCGGACUUCGGAGACCUGCUAGAGGUUUGCUUCUCUUUGGUCCACCUGGGAAUGGAAAAACGAUGCUUGCUAAAGCUGUUGCAUCAGAAUCUGAAGCAACAUUUUUUAAUGUUUCGGCUUCUUCAUUGACAUCAAAGUGGGUAGGAGAAGCUGAAAAGCUUGUCCGGACACUUUUCAUGGUUGCUAUUGAUAGGCAACCAUCUGUUAUUUUUAUGGAUGAGAUUGAUAGCGUCAUGUCUACAAGGCUAGCUAACGAGAAUGACGCUAGCAGGCGAUUGAAAUCUGAAUUCCUUAUCCAGUUUGAUGGGGUAUCCUCGAACCCAGAUGAUUUAGUAAUUGUUAUUGGGGCUACUAAUAAACCUCAAGAGUUGGAUGAUGCUGUUCUUCGAAGACUGGUAAAGAGAAUAUAUGUGCCACUACCUGAUCCAAAUGUACGGAGGUUACUUCUGAAAAAUCAGCUCAAAGGACAAGCAUUUAAAUUGUCCAAUUAUGAUUUUGAAAGACUUGCUGUGGAGACUGAAGGAUAUUCUGGAAGUGACCUGAGAGCCUUGUGCGAGGAAGCUGCAAUGAUGCCAAUAAGGGAACUUGGUCCACAGAAUAUUCUUACUAUUAAAGCAAAUCAGUUGCGACCUUUGAGGUACGAAGACUUCAAGAACGCCAUGACUGUGAUUAGGCCAAGCUUGCAGAAGAGCAAAUGGGACGAGCUGGAGAAGUGGAACGAGGAGUUCGGUUCGAGCUGACAAUGACGCGCACCGUCUGCUGAUCAUUCAGCUCCAGCUCGAUUGAUUUGUACAUGAUGGCUUAUUACACAAGUGGUCACUCUGCUUAUCCAUGCGUCCACAUUGGAUACGACACGAUACGACUAUACAAGCACAAGUCUGUUGUCUCUUGUCUGUAGCUAUGUAAAUGCUGCACAAGAAAAUCCAGCUGCUCGGGCCGAGGGCAGAUUAAAGUUGUCAUCAUGGUGUAAAAAGGAACAAUGAUUUAUAACUUUAAAACAAGGUCAGAAUGAAGUUGCACUGCGUGCA